CUUCACAUGAUUGACUAGAUCAUUCAAGACCAUUCCAGAGAAUACGGGAGAAUAUUGUUCUGGCUUGUAUUCACAAUGGACCAACUGAGGUUGCUGUGGAUCCUUAUUCUGUGUUUAGUGUUCAUUUCAGGUCACACUGCCACUGAUCCUCUCACUAAAGUGCAAUUAAAGUCUACACCAGUAAGGGCAUUUUAUGUGGCAAUGGAGAUCACCAACAGAAUCUUCAACACUACACUGACCAACCCAGAAACGGAUGAAUAUAAAGCCACCUACGAAGAAGUCAGUAACUUGCUCAACAGCAUCUAUGGCUGCAAUAACCAUACAAAAUGUCCAACGAACAAGUUCUAUGGGGGUGUUGUGGCAAUGACAUUCAGUUCUGGAUCUGUAAUCGCAAAUGCAACCAUAAUCUUCCAUACCAGCUCCAUCAAUCCAUCUGUCGCCUCUUCACUCUUUCACCAAAAUGCCAACAAUAUGGAGCCCCAAAUUUUACAAAUUAAUCCGAACUUUACUACCAUUGAAAAAGUAACUGAAACUACAGCCUCUAAGACUACCACGACAGCCAUGAGCUCUACAACAGAUGACAGAACCACAACAAGACCUAUAACAAUUACAACUAUAAAAACAACUACUCCAAUAUCUGCAACAAGCCCUACUACCACAACACCUGCCAAAGCAACUAUAACGUUAACUACAGCAACUAGAACACCAAUGUCUACCACUGUGUCCACAGUAGUAUCUUCAAGCAUACCAAGCACCUCUUCAAAUGGAGGACAAAAUACCACACAAAACCCAACAAUGAACAACACUACAACUCUGAAUCCACAUAGCAAACACACAGAUUCUCAGAAUACUUCACAUGGAAAGCCCAGCGACUCACCGACAGGCGGUGGCAGCAAUGGUGGAGGGCCCAACUCAGUACCUGGAUGGGGUAUUGCCCUUUUAGUAUUAGCCGCUGCAAUCUUGUUGCUACUCAUAAUCAUCUUUAUGAUCAUGUUGGUUCAGUGGUGUGGUAAGAAAACAGAAAGUGAGCACAUGGACACUUUUGAGGAUCCAUAUUACUUUGAAAAGAAACAACAUUCUCAGCAACCUUUGUCAGUACAGUCAUCUCAACCACCAGUAACACAGAAGCCAGUGUCAACAGCUGUAAUUGUGGGCGACACCCCCAGAAAGAACAGGACAGGUUUCUAUGCAGUGAAUCCUUGAGAUACUAAUUUUCAUCCAUAAAGCAACAGGUGGCCUAUUCAAUUCAUGUCCUUCAUUCAUCCUAUUCAAGGGUGACAAGCUAUAGGAUGUACCCAAUGCUUGUAUACUUGUCACAGAUUGUUCAAACAUAACUUAAUUUGUUGCAUUCUAAACUGAAAAGUACAUUGUCUGAUAUGUGAUCAAAGACUGUUUAAAAGACAGAAUUUUUGGGGAAAGAAAUGUGUGUUAUAUGGCUGUGGUGUGAUAUUAUCCAAAUUUUAUAAUGAAGGUUUUUUGUUUGGGUUGAUUUUUUUUUUUUUUUUUUUUUAUUCUUGUCAUCAUUUGUAAAACAUGUAACAAGUGAAUCAUACUCUGUAAGCAGGGGCUCAAUAGUUAAUUCUGGUUAGGGUUUUAUAAGCAGGGUUGGUCUUUCAUAUUGACUUUUAAAAUAUUUUUUGAAGUUAGGCCAAAGGACUACAUGCCUGUGAAAAACAGAUGUUAACAUGAUUUUCUACGUCUAGAUUUCAGUGAAGUCUGCUAUAGCAAGAUUAGGAUUUCUUUUUACAAAUGAUCAGAGGAUUAUCUCAUAUAUUUAAGCAAAAUAAUAAAUGUUCAAAUAAAUGAAGCUGACAUUAACAGUUGAAUUUGAACAUAAUUGUUAACUGAUAGUAAUCUAAUGCUGUGUUGUAAUGUAAGGGGAAGUCUCUGACUGUGACCUCGCCCACUCUCCUAACAGUACUGGAGAUGUUAAUCAAGGCUUACUCAUUUGACGAUUUGUUUGACACACAUGCCAAGGCCCCAACUGCAGAUAAAAGCAGGCUAGGCUUUGUGUGUGAAUGCAUUUAUUAAACAAAAGUUUUCUCACUUACAUCAAAAGGCAUGCAGAGACCUGUGUAUUGUCCUGAUACUGUGUAACUUUACCAGGUUAGUCAUUGAGUUGUGGGUAGCUCAACAUUUUCCAGCACUUUUGAAAAAUACAAAACCUGUCAUUAAAAUGUCUGUGUUUCUCAUUCCCAGUUUAUUAGAUUUGUGCUUGUCCUUUCAGGCAGGCUGCAGAGAUAGAGUAUAAACACAACUGUACAGCAUGGUGUAACAAAUAUCAAAAUAUGUUAUUUAUUACACAGCUAUUUUUUUUUAUUUUAUUAUUAUUAUUAUUUUUUUACAUUUUGUAUUUUUUUUAGCAUAUAAUAUUAACUUUACAUAAAUACUGAAUAAAGCAAUAAUAGUAAUGCAACAUUUUUGAAAUCAUUCAGCUAAUGGUGAAUAGCUGUUAUAUUUCACUUCGCGGUUCUGUGGGAUUUAGGGAGUUAAAUCAUAUAAUUACUUCAAAGCAAUUAAACACACACACACAUACACAUACCAUCAGGCAUAACAUUAUGAUCUAAUGUUGUGUAAGUCUCCGUUGUUCAUCCGGAACAAUUCUGACUGUAAUACAGUGUUGUUAGUUGAGGCCUUUGGGGAUCAGGCUUAUUUGAUGAUACUUGAUCAGUUUGGGAUCUAGGGAAUUAGGAAGCCAGGUGAUCACCUGGGGCUGUAUUUUCAGUUUUUUUUAUUAUUAUUAUUAUUUCUCCUAAAUUGUUUUGGGUGGUACUUGUCUAAGUAACAUCCACACAAAUUCAUUGCAUGCAGAAAUACAUUGUACACUUGGGCAAUAAAGAUGAU